GAUCCAUUCCAGUGAUUCCACGUGCAGUUAAAAAAUGACAGCACUUCAACCAAUUCAGAUCCUUAAGAGAGAUGCAGAAGAAGAGAAAGGGGAGACAGCCAGAUUAUCAUCCUUCGUUGGUGCUAUUGCCAUUGGUGAACUCAUAAAGAGCACAUUGGGUCCAAAAGGAAUGGAUAAAAUUCUAGUCUCUUCUGGUCCUCAUAACGAAGGCGUUCAAGUCACCAACGAUGGUGCUACCAUUUUAAAAUCAAUAGGAGUAGACAAUCCAGCCGCUAAAGUACUUGUUGAUAUCUCAUUAGUGCAAGACGAUGAAGUAGGAGAUGGUACUACUAGUGUAACUGUAUUGGCUUGUGAAUUGCUAAAGGAAGCUGAAAUACUCAUUGCUUCAAAAAUACAUCCACAGACUAUAAUUAGUGGGUGGAGAAAAGCUGCAGAUGAAGCUCGAAAAGCACUCACUGAAGCUGCGAGAGAUAACAGCGCCGAUGAUGAAAAGUUUCGUGAAGAUCUUAUGAAUAUUGCUCGUACGACACUCAGUUCAAAGAUACUGGUGCAUCACAGGGACCAUUUUGCCCGUUUAGCAGUUGACGCUGUCUUGCGAUUAAAGGGCUCAGGUAAUUUGGAGGCAAUACAAAUUAUAAAGAAACUUGGAUCAAGACUGGCUGACUCUUAUCUUGAAGAAGGUUUUCUAUUGGAGAAAAAGGUUGGAGUCAAUCAGCCUAAGAGGAUAGAUAAUGCCAGUAUACUUAUUGCUAACACUGCAAUGGACACUGACAAGAUUAAAGUUUUUGGAUCCAAAGUAAGAGUGGACUCUACACAGAAGAUUGCCGAACUUGAGGUAGCAGAAAAGGAGAAAAUGAAAGACAAAGUGAACAUGAUCCUGAAACACAAAAUCAAUGUAUUCAUUAACAGGCAACUCAUCUAUAAUUAUCCAGAGCAGUUGUUUGCUGAUGCUAAUGUUAUGGCUAUUGAACAUGCUGACUUUGAAGGAAUAGAAAGACUUGCCCUUGUUUUAGGUGGUGAAAUUGUAUCAACAUUUGGCGAUCCUGAAAAGGUAAAGCUAGGAAAAUGCAAACUUAUUGAAGAAGUGAUGAUUGGAGAAGACAAGUUAAUUAGGUUCUCUGGUGUAGCUUUAGGUGAAGCCUGCACUAUAGUCAUUCGUGGUGCUACUCAGCAGAUUCUUGAUGAAGCCGAACGCUCCCUUCAUGAUGCUCUCUGUGUUCUCUCUCGUAUGGUUAAAGAGACUAAAGUUGUCUAUGGAGGAGGUUGUUCAGAAAUGUUAAUGGCUAAUGCGGUCCAGAGACUGGCUGCAACUACUCCUGGGAAAGAGUCCAUGGCCAUGGAAUCAUUUGCUAAAGCUUUACGUCAACUUCCAACAAUAAUUGCCGAUAAUGCUGGCUAUGACAGCUCUGAGCUCAUUUCACAACUAAAAGCUCUUCAUGCUGAAGAAAAGACCAACAAGGGACUAGAUAUGGCAAAAGGUACCGUCGGAGAUAUGGAUACUCUGGGCAUCACGGAGUCCUUCCUUGUCAAGAGACAGGUUCUCCUCUCAGCUGCUGAGGCUGCAGAAAUGAUACUUAGAGUAGAUGACAUCAUAAAAGCUGCACCAAGAAAGCGUGUUCCUGAUCAUUGUUCUUAGAAGUGCAUUAGAGGAACACGACUUAGAUAAUGAUUAACUGUUUCAAAUGAAUUGUGAUUAUUAUUAUUAUUAUUAUUAUGAUGAUUAAGUUAUAGUCAAGUCUUAAGAAACAUAGGCAAACCUUUAAA